AUGGUAGGAGAGCCACAGGCUUGUCUCGUUUUAGUCACUACUCCUAGCCAGCUAUACCAGUUUUCUGGUUGGCUUCAUCCUCCCUCCACUACAGGCAACGUUAGUGUCAUCUCAGGAGCCUUAACUGAGUCCGGGGCCUCUGGCCAUAUAAGUGGUGCUACCGGCAUAGACAAUAUAGCCGACCUUACCUCCAUGGGUGGAACUAUUGGCAAUUCAUCCCCAGGUACAGGAUCUCUUGGUUUUACCUCUUCUGGUCCUGUGUCUACUACUGCCUCUGGCGCACUUGGCUCAACUAUUGGAGCCUCGGGCGGUGUUGCCUCAGCAAUUGGUUCCGCCCUGUCUGGCGUGAGUACAGCCGUUGAUUCUGGUGUUAUAGGUUGCAGUGGGGGGGUUGGCAUAUUUGCACCCAUAUUUGCACCGUAUCUGCGUUCAACAGAGGGUGAGUUCAAAAAUUUAACAUUUAUAUCAUUUUGCCAAGUGAACCUUCUUGACUCUCUGAUAAAAAAUUCUUUAAAAUUUGACAUUGUGCAUAAUUGUCAACUGGUAGGCUCUAAUCCCAUAUCAUUGAUUAUUAAAUCUGCUAAAUUCGGAAAAUAUUUAUAUUUUAUAUUGACUUAUAUAAGAACCUUAAAUUCCAGCGUUUCGUUUGCCCUGUUCUAUUUCUUUUCUAUUAUUGCUUGUUUAUAA